AUGCUCUUAGACCUUAGUCAUUUGAGUGCUUACGCCUCCUUCAUUUCCGCCGUGGCGGCGAUUUCCUUGCGUCAUUCGUUUCUGCCAAGUUCCUCGCGCGAGCUUCUUCCACGAGCAGCUUGCUCAGGAAAUACAGCCACUACUCGUUCGGAGUGGUGCGACUAUUCCAUCGAUACCGACUACAGCUCUGAAGCGCCAGAUACCGGAGUCACGCGUGAAUAUUGGCUAGAGCUCACCGACGUAACAGUUUCUCCAGAUGGUGUCGCACGCUCUGCCAUGGCCGUGAAUGGCUCGAUCCCUGGACCGACGCUCUUUGCGGACUGGGGCGAUACAGUUGUAGUACAUGUUACCAACUCUUUGACCAAUUCCCUGAAUGGUACAAGCCUUCAUUUUCACGGCAUUCGGCAAAAUUACACCAAUGAGCAGGAUGGCGUGGCCUCCAUCACGCAAUGUCCUACGGCUCCCGGGGGCUCAAUGACAUAUACAUGGAGGGCUGUUCAGUAUGGAUCGACCUGGUAUCAUUCACACUUUGCGCUACAGGCAUGGCAGGGCAUCUUUGGUGGCAUAGUGAUCAACGGCCCUGCGACGGCAGAUUAUGACGAUGAUCUUGGAACGCUGUUCCUCAAUGAUUGGGACCAUCAGGCAAGUACCGUCGACGAGCUAUACAUCAGCGCCGAAAGCAACGGACCACCGACGUUGGAAAAUGGCCUUAUCAAUGGCACCAACACGUAUGAUCAAGGAGGCUAUAGAUACAACGUAUCUUUCACUUCGGAUACCUCGUAUCGCAUCAGGCUUGUGAACGCAGCAGUAGACACGCACUUCAAAUUCAUGAUCGACAACCACACCAUGCAAGUUAUCGCAGCAGACUUGGUGCCCAUUGAACCAUAUGAAACUGACGUCAUCAAUAUUGGAAUGGGUCAACGUUACGACGUAAUAAUCACUGCCGACCAAGGAUCAACUGCAGACAGCUUCUGGAUGCGAGCAAUCCCACAAUCAGCAUGUUCAGACAACGACAACUCGGAAGAUAUAAGGGGUAUCGUGUACUAUGGUUCCUCUACUUCCACGCCCUCAACAUCUGCCUAUGACUACGAAGAUAGCUGCGAUGACGAGACCGACAACCUAGUACCAUAUAUCUCCAAGACCGCUGGAUCCGAAACAACGAACAUGCUCGAAACGGCUACUGUUGGCUUCAAUGACGACAAUCUCUUCCGCUGGUAUCUAAACAGUACUACGAUGGUUGUCGAGUGGUCAGACCCGACACUGCUGCAGAUUACUAACAACGGAACGACAUAUGAAACCUCGAAUGCUGUGCUGGAGCUUCCAAACGCGAAUGAAUGGGCCUAUGUUGUUAUUGAGACCACACUUGGCGUGCCCCAUCCAAUUCAUCUUCAUGGUCACGAUUUCUAUGUUCUUGCUCAGGACUCAGGAACAUACUCGUCAUCAACUCCACUCAACUUGAGCAAUCCACCGCGCCGGGACACCGCCAUGCUGCCAGGCUCCGGAUAUCUAGUCCUCGCUUUUGAGACAGAUAAUCCAGGCGCGUGGCUUAUGCAUUGCCACAUUGGAUGGCACACGAGCGAAGGGUUUGCGCUACAGUUUAUCGAGAGAUACGAUGAGGUCGCUGCGAUUACGAAUGCGACGGCUUUGAACAAUAAUUGCAACAACUGGAGUACGUUCCAGACUAGCAACUCGAUCGAGCAGGAAGAUUCCGGUAUCUGA